CAUCAUGAGACCCGGGAUGAACGCCAUCAUGGGCGCCACAGGAAGUGGAAAAACAUCGCUUCUGGAUGUCAUCGCGGGCAGAAAAGACCCCGCUGGACUUCGCCAAGGAAGAGUCCUGGUGGAUGGCAGGCCCGUGACCUCUGACCUGAGGCUUAGUUCUGCUUACGUGGUCCAGGACGACAUCCUGAUGGGAACGCUGACAAUUCGGGAGAACCUUCUCUUCAGCGCCAACCUGCGUCUGGACCCUGGACGCCAUUCCGCCGCGGACAAGCGCAGCAGGGUCACGACUAUCAUCGAGGACCUGGGACUGGCUGACUGCGCAGACAGCAAGAUAGGGACGGAGUUUCUACGCGGGGUGUCAGGCGGCGAGAGGAAGCGCUGCAGCAUCGGGAUGGAGCUCAUCACCUCUCCUUCUCUGCUCUUCCUGGAUGAACCCACCACCGGGCUGGACUCCAACACGGCCAACUGCAUCAUCGGCCUGCUGCACAAACUGUCCAGGCGAGGCAAGACCGUCAUCUUCUCCAUCCACCAGCCGCGCUUCUCCAUCUUCAGGCGCUUCGACCACCUGACCCUCAUGCACAAAGGGGAGGUGGUCUACGCCGGGGCGGCCCACCGGGCGCUGGAGUACUUCACCGACCUCGGCUUCCAGAUCGAGUCCCGGGACAACCCCGCCGAUUUCUUCAUGGACGUCACAAACGGAGAAGCUCAAUCUUCUCUGGAAGAACUCAACUCGGCUAGCUGUAAGAACGCCUUGGCAGUCAAAUAUUACCAAUCCCAGCAGUGCCAGGACAUGCUAGGCCAGCUGGACCUUGUGGACCGCAACAUCGCUGAUGGCAUCAUAGGUCACCAAAAGACUGCUCGUUAUGCUACUUCUUUCCUGUACCAGUUGCGCGUGGUGUGUGGCAGGACGGUCGUCAACACGCUGAGGAAUCCGCAGACGUCUUACGCCCAGUUGGCUCUCAACGUCUUCUUUGCCAUCCUGGUGGGCCUUAUCUAUUACCAAAUGCCAUUAACCCUGCCUGAAGCUUUACAGAACAGGAGCGGAGCCUUCUUCUUCCUCAUCAUCAACAUGGUGUUUGGCAACCUCUCAGCCGUCGAGCUCUUUAUCAACGAGAGAGCCAUCUUCAUCCAUGAAAACUCGGGCGGCUACUACCGCACGUCCGUCUACUUCCUGUCCAAGGUUUUUGCUGACCUCAUCCCCAACCGCAUCAUUCCCAUCUUUUUGUUUUCGGCCAUCGCCUACUACAUGAUGGGCCUGAAGCCGGCCUUGGCGGCCUUCCUGUGCUUCGCCCUGACCAUGUCCCUGGUCAGCCUGGCUGGGGUGGGCCUGGCCUUCCUGGUGUCCGCCAGCGUGUCGUCCUUCGCCAUGGCCAACAUCCUCAUAGCUCUGCCCUUCGUCUUCAUGAUGGUCUUCGGCGGCUACCUGGUCAACCUCAACGCCAUGCUCAGCUGGCUGUCCUGGCUCAAGUGGGUCAGCAUCUUCCGAUACGGACUGAACGCCGCCUUCAUCAACGAGAUGGCGGGACAGAUGUUCUACUUCAACGCCACCGCAAUCCCGGGCGAGCUGUUCCUCCGGAGCCAAGACAUAGACUACUCGAGGUGGGGGUUCUGGCAGAACCACGUGGCCUUGGUGGGGAUUGUCCUGGUCUGCAUGGUCCUGGCCUACGUCCAACUGCUCAGGAUCAACCGCUGGAAGUGAAGCACGCUUUUUGUCAAUUUUGUCCCGUUUCAUGUGUCAGGUAAACCACGAAGACUCUGGCCAUGUGAAUUCUCUUCCUACUGUAAAUGGUAAAAAAAAAAAUUUUACGGUAAAACAAUUUUAGUACGGUAAAAUCUACGGCUGUAGUUUUUUUUUACUGUAAAAAGAAAAACCGUACCGCUGUUUGUUUGUUUUAACGGUAAAAUUCGGAUGAUUAACUGAUGUUUUUUUGUUUUUUUUUACCGUAAAAUCUAGAGAGGCUCUUACAGUGAAAUGCUGGAAUUGUAAAAAAACGUAUUUGGUCACGUUUCAUGUGUCAGGUAAACCGCGACGAAUCCCCUUCCUGCUGUAAAUUGAGGGGGAAAAAUACAAAUUUACAGGACUAAAAGACAAGGACUAAAACACUACACACAGAAAAACACCAAAAAUCUCGAGAUAAUUCAAGGCGUGAUGUGACAGUACACCUACUUUGAGACAAGAGCUAUAGUGAUGCAUGCUAGGUUAUGCUUUAAAGUCAUAUCCAACAAUUGCGAGAACGAGUUUCUCUUUUUAAUGAUUUCUGCUUGCGGCGUGCAUCGGAAUUUUUGUAAUGAAAAAAAAAUGUGCCUUGUGCUCAAAAAAGCUUGAAAAACACGGCCAUAGGGCCCUAAAUCCAGUAUAACAGGGGUCACCAACACGGUACCCUCGGGCACCAGGUCGCCCGUAAGGACCAGAUGAGUCGCCCGCUGACCUGUUCUAAAAAUAGCUCAAAUAGCAGCACUUACCAGUGAGCUGCCUCUAUUUUUUAAAAUUGUAUUUAUUUUCUAGCAAGCUGGUCUCGCUUUGCUCUACAUUUUUAAUUCUAAGAGAGACAAAACUCAAAUAGAAUUAGAAAAUCCAAGAAAAUAUUUUAAAGACUUGGUCUUCACUUGUUUAAAUAAAUUCAUUUAUUUUUUUACUUUGCUUUUUAUAACUUUCAGAAAGACAAUUUUUGAGAAAAAAAUACAACCUUAAAAAUUAUUUUAGGAUUUUUAAACACAUAUACCUUUUUACCUUUUAAAUUCCUUCCUCUUCUUU